GUGAGUGAGUGUGAGUGCGGCUGGGGUGGUGGCCGUUACGUUCGGGGCAACGGCUACGGCAGUGGAGAAGUAAGAAGAGAAACAACGUCCGGCGCUUCCGCUUUUGCUUAGGAAGAGAAGGAGGAGCUGGUAGGGAAAGGAAAGUAGUUCGCGCUGGGCCUGGACCGGAUCGAGUCGGGCCGGUUGGGGUCUGGGUUAUGAGCCUUUGAGGGUCGCUUGGGACGCGGGAGCGAGACUCAAGAGCCAAGAGCUAUGUCUCAGCCACCGCCGCCGCCUCCGCUGCCGCCGCCGCCGCCUCCCCCCGAGGCUCCGCACAGUCCGUCGUUCGUGGCGGCGGCGGCAGCCGCUCCAGGGGGGCUCUCCAAGAGGAGAGACCGGAGAAUCCUUUCCGGGAGCUGCCCGGAUCCCAAGUGUCAGGCGCGCCUGUUCUUCCCGGCCUCCGGUUCUGUCAGCAUCGAGUGUACCGAGUGCGGACAGCGGCACGAGCAACACCAGCUGCAGGGGGUGGAGGAGGUGACCGACCCGGACGUAGUACUGCACAACCUGCUGCGGAACGCGCUGCUCGGGGUGACGGGGGCGCCCAAGAAGAACACGGAACUGGUAAAGGUGAUGGGCCUCUCUAACUACCACUGUAAAUUGUUGUCGCCCAUAUUGGCUCGCUAUGGAAUGGACAAACAGACAGGUCGGGCUAAGCUGCUCCGGGACAUGAACCAGGGCGAACUGUUCGAUUGCGCUUUACUGGGCGACCGUGCCUUCCUCAUAGAGCCAGAGCAUGUGAACACGGUGGGCUACGGCAAGGACCGUUCCGGGAGCCUCCUCUAUUUGCAUGACACUCUUGAGGAUAUCAAGCGGGCCAAUAAAAGUCAGGAAUGCCUCAUUCCAGUGCAUGUGGAUGGGGAUGGACACUGCCUAGUGCAUGCUGUGUCUCGGGCCCUAGUAGGCCGGGAACUCUUCUGGCAUGCCCUGAGAGAGAAUCUCAAACAGCACUUUCAGCAGCACCUGGCCCAAUAUCAAGCUCUGUUCCAUGACUUUAUUGAUGCUGCCGAGUGGGAGGACAUUAUUAAUGAAUGUGAUCCCCUGUUUGUGCCACCCGAGGGUGUGCCCUUAGGCCUGAGGAACAUCCACAUAUUUGGCCUUGCUAAUGUGUUACAUCGACCUAUAAUCCUGUUAGAUUCCCUCAGCGGCAUGAGAAGCUCUGGUGAUUAUUCAGCCACCUUUCUGCCUGGGCUCAUACCCGCAGAAAAGUGUACUGGAAGGGAUGGUCAUUUGAACAAACCAAUCUGUAUUGCGUGGAGUAGCUCUGGUAGAAACCAUUAUAUUCCCCUAGUAGGCAUAAAAGGGGCUGCUUUGCCCAAAUUGCCUAUGAAUUUGCUCCCGAAAGCAUGGGGUGUGCCUCAAGAUCUUAUUAAGAAGUAUAUCAAACUUGAGGAGGAUGGUGGUUGUGUUAUUGGAGGAGACAGAAGUUUGCAAGAUAAAUACUUACUUAGACUUGUUGCUGCUAUGGAAGAAGUCUUUAUGGACAAACACGGUAUCCAUCCUAGUCUGGUAGCUGAUGUCCAUCAGUAUUUCUACAGAAGGACUGGUGUGAUAGGAGUUCAGCCUGAAGAAGUAACGGCAGCUGCUAAAAAAGCAGUAAUGGAUAAUCGCCUUCACAAAUGCUUGCUUUGUGGUGCCCUUUCUGAACUUCAUGUUCCUCCAGAGUGGUUGGCUCCAGGAGGGAAACUGUAUAACCUGGCAAAAAGUACUCAUGGACAACUGAGACCUGACAAAAAUUACAGCUUUCCUUUGAACAAUUUGGUUUGCUCAUAUGACCAAUUGAAAGAUAUUCUGGUACCAGACUAUGGAUUGAGCAAUUUAACAGCUUGUAAUUGGUGCCAUGGCUCAUCUGUGCGAAGGGUCAGAGGAGAUGGAUCUAUUGUGUAUUUGGAUGGAGACAGAACUAAUUCUAGAUCCACUGGUGGCAAAUGUGGUUGUGGAUUCAAACACUUUUGGGAUGGUAAAGAGUAUGACAAUCUACCAGAGGCUUUCCCUAUUACUUUGGAAUGGGGAGGAAGAGUGGUCAGAGAAACAGUAUAUUGGUUCCAAUAUGAAAGUGAUCAAUCUUUGAAUAGUAAUGUUUAUGAUGUUGCAAUGAAACUUGUUACCAAGCACUUUCCAGGUGAAUUUGGGAGUGAAAUCCUAGUUCAGAAAGUUGUCCACACUAUAUUGCAUCAAACUGCCAAAAAGAAUCCUGAUGAUUAUACGCCUGUAAACAUAGAUGGUGCUCAUGCCCAAAGAGUUGGAGAUGUGCAACCGCAAGAAGAGUCUCAGCUCCCUACUAAAAUUAUUCUUACUGGGCAGAAAACAAAAACUUUGCACAAGGAAGAGUUAAACAUGAGUAAAACUGAAAGAACUAUUCAACAUAAUAUUACAGAGCAAGCUUCUGCAAUGCAGAAACGGAAAACAGAAAAGUUAAAACAAGAACAAAAAGGGCAACCUAGGACUGUUUCUCCCAGUGCCAUUCGUGAUGGUCCAUCCUCUGCACCGGCUACCCCUACCAAGGCUCCCUAUUCACCUACAACUUCCAAGGAGAAGAAGAUCCGGAUAACAACUAAUGAUGGACGACAGUCCAUGGUCACACUUAAGUCUUCAACAACCUUUUUUGAACUUCAGGAAAGUAUAGCCAGAGAAUUCAACAUUCCUCCAUAUUUGCAGUGCAUUCGAUAUGGCUUUCCUCCUAAAGAGUUAAUGCCACCACAGGCAGGCAAGGAAAAGGAGCCUGUUCCUUUACAGCAUGGUGACAGAAUUACAAUAGAUAUUCUAAAAAGCAAAGCAGAAGGUGGUCAGUCUGCUGCAGCACACUCAGCCCACACUGUGAACCAAGAGGAGAUUGCUGUUACUGGUAAACUGUCAUCUAAAGAACUUCUAGAGCAAACUGACAAAGAGAUGUACUCCUUGUGUCUUUUGGCAACAUUAAUGGGAGAAGAUGUAUGGUCUUAUGCAAAAGGACUUCCUCACAUGUUUCAGCAGGGUGGCGUAUUCUACAAUAUUAUGAAGAAAACCAUGGGUAUGGCCGAUGGCAAGCAUUGUACUUUUCCACAUCUACCUGGCAAAACCUUUGUGUAUAAUGCUUCUGAAGACAGACUGGAGUUGUGUGUGGAUACUGCAGGACAUUUCCCCAUCGGUCCUGAUGUUGAAGAUUUAGUUAAAGAGGCUUUAAGUCAGGUUCGAGCAGAGGCUACUACAAGAAGCAGGGAAUCAAGUCCUUCACAUGGGCUGUUAAAACUAGGUAGUGGUGGAGUAGUGAAAAAGAAAUCUGAGCAACUUCAUAAUGUAACAGCCUUUCAGGGAAAGGGGCAUUCUCUAGGAACUGCAUCUAGUAACCCCCACCUUGAUCCAAGAGGUAGGGAACCUCCAGUUGUGAGAAAGCAUAAUACAGGGACAGACUUCAGUAAUAGUUCCACUAAAACAGAGCUUCCAGUAUUCCCCACUGCUCCAGGUAACAAUGAGCUUAUUCGAAUAGCUCCUGGAGUAGUAACAAUGAGAGACAGGCAGCUUGAUCCUGAUUUGGUUGAGGCCCAGAGAAAAAAAUUGCAGGAAAUGGUUUCUUCUAUUCAGGCUUCAAUGGACAAGCAUUUGCGGGAUCAGAAUACAGAGCAGUCAGCAUCUGAUCUUCCACAAAGAAAAGUAGAAAUUGUAAGUUCUUCUGUGAGGCCUGGAAAUCUUCAGACUGGCUUGCAUGAAUCUUUUUCUUUAACUGGUGGCACUGAAAAUUUGAAUACAGAAACAACUGAUAGCUGUGUGGGAGAUGCACUGGGAGCAGCAUUUGCCACAAGGUCAAAAGCACAAACGGGAAAUUCUGUGGAAGAGCCUGAAGAGAUGGAUAGUCAAGAUGCUGAGAUGACUGAGCCAAUGGAUCACUCUUGAUUUACUUAGAGGCUAAUAACGGCAGGAUGUUUAUUGUGAAUAUGUAAUAUUUGUUGGCUGGGCCACAUAACUUGAUUAGUCAUUAAAAAUCUUGUAUGUAUGUAACUCAAAGAUUAUAUCUUGUUAUUCAGUGCAUGAUAGCAAGUGUGUGAUUGGCAAUAGCUUUUAAUGUACUGCUGCCCAGGCUGGCUCCGAAUUCCUAUAAACUAGUUAUUAGAUCUGUUGAAAUACGUUUCUUCCAUAUAUGUGUUUCCUUGGAAGUUCUUUGUAAUUUUAAUUCCAUGAAAGUCUUAAUGUUUUAAACAUUGAAAAUUCUCUUGCUAAUACGUUUGAUUUCUAAAAAGACCAGAACUGGGAAGAAAAAUAGAGUUUGCUAAUGUUGAUGUCAGAUAGCCAUCCUUGGUAUUUAGUAGAGUGUCAAAAGAUGUAUGUAAAUUUGAAGUUUAUCUGAACUAAAUUGUAUCUUUAAAUUCAUAAAAAUGAUUUAUUAGAAGUAGUAUUCUGACAUUUCUGUGCACAUGAACAUUUGUAGAGAUAGCUAUUCUUGGCGAAAAAAUACUUUGAGAAUUUUGCCAAAUUGAGCAAAGUUGGAGAAAAAUAUCUAUUCUAGAAUGAUAAAGUCAAUAUGAUUCAAUUAGUUGCUGUCUGAGCCAACAUAGCCAAUUGUGUACUCUGGUGAUACUAUGUUACCAUUAUUUUAAUCCUAGCCUGGUCAAGUACCACCUAAUUUGGCCUGUUUUGUUUUGUUUUGUUGUUUGCAGGAAAGUUGAUUGCAAAUUGUGGUAGAAAAAUUAAAAACAAUUACAGCAGUAGUUAAUUUCUAAUUUUCAGAGUAUGUCAGAAUUCAUAGAGGAUUUAUAAAUAAGAUUAUCUUUAUAAAUGUAUUACAUUGUUCUGGAACUUUGAUCAAUGAUAUUUCAGCCUGUAUAUGCUAAGUGUCUUUAAGCCCCUUUGAACCAAAAAUGUUUCCUUUUUGUCUUAAGCAUCCAUACGAUUUUGUUUGUUGGUUUUACUUGGGUUUAGAUGCAAAUUUUACUGCAACAUACCCUGAGCAUUUGCUUAAGUAGUAUAUUCAUUAAAUCGUUAGUGCCAG